AUGCUCAUCAAACUUGUGCUCCUCGGUCUGGCCGGCCUUGGCUGUGUUGAAUCGAUUAAGCCUCCCCAGAAACCACCACCACCUCCUCCUCCUCCGCCGCCACCGUCCUCUCAACCACGGCCAUGGUCCACUUUUGCGGAGAAUGACAUCUUCCAGCCUGACUCUCACCACACUGUUCUCUAUCCCCGGCAGGCCGAACUAUCGGAUGGGAGUCUCCUUGCAACAGCCUCGUAUGGGGGCGAUAAUACUCCAUACUUCCCCAUAUUUCGAAGUGCAGAUGGCGGUGCCACAUGGUCCUGGAUCUCCAACUUGACUGACCAGGUCAAUGGGCUGGGAAUGGCAGCUCAGCCAGCACUGGUAGAGUUGCCAUUCGCUAUUGGCGACUUCCCCGCCGGCACAGUUCUGGCUAGUGGAAACAGCUGGGGAAGCGAGAGUACAAACAUUGAUCUAUAUGCUAGUGAAGACAAAGGUCAUACAUGGAAGUUCGUCAGCAACGUGGCGAGAGGCAGUGGGCCAGAUACUACCAAUGGGAAUCCAUGUAUUUGGGAGCCAUUCAUCCAGCCCUACAAUGGUACUGUAGGCGUGUUCUAUUCCGAUCAGCGUGACCCGCUGCAUGGCCAGAAGCUUGCGCACCAGGAAUCGAAAGACCUGAAAUCCUGGGGUCCUGUGAUAGAUGAUGUGGCAUAUCUCAACUAUACUGCUCGCCCUGGAAUGACGGUUAUGUCCUAUAUUGCCCCUUUGGAGAAGUGGAUUCUUGUGCACGAGUUCCCAGGGGGAGAUAGCUGGUCCGGGGCAGGUUACCCAGUAUACUAUCGAUUGUCUGACAGCCCAUUUGAUUUCCGCUUUGCCUACGGUAUCCCCAUUAUUGUUGAUGGGGUCCAGCCAAAUGCAUCUCCUUAUGUGGUCUGGUCCUCAAUCGGUGGUACUAAUGGCACCAUAGUUGUCAGUGACGCUGAUCACAGCAGUGUUUUCACCAAUCAGGCUGGCGGCCAGCCUGAUCAGUGGGAAAUUCACGCCACACCUCAAGCUGCGGCAUACAGCCGGAGCUUACAUGUCUUCGCAAAGUAUCCAGAUCACUUGAUGAUACUGGGCGCAGGCGUAUUUGAUGCAACGGUGAAUCUGCCGCUUUAUCUCAGCGUUGUGAGCCUAACAGAUACGUUGAGGGGGCCAGCUGGAAAUUAG